AUGAAUCCUUCGCGAGGUAAAUUGAGCGACUGUCGCUCCAACUCUCACGAUACGCUACGAGGCGGUAUGCCCUCCCCGCGGGUUUCACAUUUCGAUGGGGAGAUUCCUCCGGCUCUGUCUCCUCUCGAUGCCUUUGCCGCCCAGGGUCGAUUCUUGGCCCGCCAGUUGGAUGAAUCGCGACUAGGAGAGCGACGAAUGAGUCGUCUUCCGCCCUCUAGUGUCGCCCGAUCGCUAUCUCGACCCCGACCGGGCUAUUUUCGUUCCCCGAAGAGCGACUCCAAUACCCAGGAAUUGACCCGCCGUCCGACACAGAAAGGACAACCAGAGGUGGAAGAGCCGAAAUACCGCCCAGUCUCCGAACACCCUCGAUUCAGCUCUGUCUCGCAUGCCAGUAGUAACUAUGGCAGUAUCUACUAUGACGACGAUGACGAUGAUAAUGAGACGACCCCCAGGACAACUAUGAUCCAGGAAGAGCCUGGCGAGUAUGGUAUUCCGCGGGCGCAAUCCCCUGAUGCAGAAUCUAUGUACGCAGAUGAUACAGAGGGUAUCUCUGUGGGCCAGGCCUUUACAGGUCCCUCGCGACAGUCCUCGACCGACUCUAGGCUACAUAUCCCGCGAACACUGGCUCCGCCCGUUUCGCCGCAUUCGCGGCCAUCGAGUAGUGCACGGGUGAAUCAAUUGGAGAGCUCUGAUGAUGAUUACAGUAGCUCUAAUGCAGGUUCGACCUUCUCCAAGCCGCGGAAACUAUCGUCGGGAAGUGCUGUUUCGCUUCCGUACUCACCUAUGUCGACCUUUCCAGCUCGAACCCAUCCUCGUUCACCUUCCAUGAGCUCUGAAACCUCCACGGGAACCGGUUACCUCGCGAGACCUUCUUUCAAUUUCUCCCGCCCUCUGAGUCGGUCCAGUACCAGUCUCUCUGCGCCGGGAGCAUCAGAGUCAGCAGCUCCAACCCCUCAGCUGCAGACCAGCCUACCGCAUCAGUCUAGCCACAUGCAUCGGCCGAGCAAGCCUGCUCCGAUCCUUCUACCUUUGGCUACUGAAGAGGCAGCUGCAACUCGACCAGUUGACGGCGAACCUUCCUCAGCCGUGUCAUCAUUUGUGUAUGCCAAAUAUGCGCUACCGCGUGGUCGUGAGCUUGGCCGUGACUCCGUAGUAUUUGCGGGAUUGCAAACUCCGCACUUUGAGUGGCAGGAGCCUUUGUUUGAAAAUUCGCCGCCACGCCGUUCAGAGGAUAUCCCUCGUUCAGCUCGAACUCCACCACCCCCUACCACAUUUCCCCAAGUAGAUCAUUCACCCAAGCCCCAUUCGAUGCAUGAAGUUCCAGCACCGGAACCACAGCCAGCACAGCCAGCACAGCCAGCACAACCAACACUACCAACCACGCCUGAGCCCAAACGGACUACUCUCGUUCCUGAAGUGUCGCCAAGGCCACCUUCUGCACAAACACUCACAACACCCGAGAAACCCGAGAAACCCUCGCGCCCAUCCACGGAAUCAACUCGUCGCCAGGCAAGCGAGAAGGCGGAGACGGUAUCAUCUGCUGACUCUGCCAGUACCCUGCGGCCACAGACUGCCACAACACAAGUACCAUCAACGGCCGAUGAUCAUGUUACUAAGGGCAUUGAAUUGCACGAGAAGGGAUCUUUGAAUGAGUCUACAUAUCAUUUUAGAAUUGCCGCGAAGCAAAACCAUCCUACUGGAAUGUUGAUGUAUGCGCUUGCCUGUCGUUCUGGCUGGGGAAUGCGGCCAAACCAGCAGGAAGGUGUGCGAUGGCUUCGAAAAGCUGUGGAUUCCGUUGGGUUGGAAAUGCUAGAGAACCCUGACGCACUCGGUGCGUCGAAAGCGAAAGAGUUGCAAAAAGCAUAUCGUGCCCAGUUUGCACUCAGCAUUUACGAACUCGGUGUUAGUCAUUUGAAUGGUUGGGGUAUUGAUCAGGACAAGUCCUUAGCUCUACGUUGCUUUGAGAUUGCUGGACAAUGGGGCGAUGUGGACGCCAUGGCCGAAGCAGGUUUCUGCUAUGCCGAAGGAGUUGGAUGCAAAAAGGACAUGAAAAAGGCUGCACGGUUCUACCGUCAGGCCGAGUCUAAUGGCAUGAGCAUGGUUGGCAACAGCUGGAUCUACAAAGACAAGUAUAUGGGUGAAGAACCCGGCAAAGAAUCUAAGGAGGGUCGCUCCCGCGGACGAACUGUCAGUGGUGAUAAAAAGAACCCGCGCAAUAAGUCGCGCACGCGCAGCAUCUUCCAGCGGAAGAAGUCUGUCCCCGAGUAA